AUGUCGGCCCUCCUCGGCUCGGACGACGACGACGAUGAGCUGAUGCUCACACGAGGCAAGAACGCCGGUGCCAUCAAAGACCUCGACCUUUCGGCUUCGAUGACAGACGCUGCGCCCAAGCCGACGGAGACGUCAUCUGCUGCUGCCCGGGCUCUGCUUGACUCGGACUCGGACGACGACCUGUUGCUGGCGGCUACCAAGGCGACCAAGCCGGCCGAGCCGAAGCCGGCUGCGGGCUUUGUCCUCGACUCCUCGCUCGAGUCGGACGCGCUCAAGGCGUCGAUGGCGGAGGUCAACAUUGCCGCGGCAAAUGCUAAGGAUCCGCUCCUCGAUUCGGACUCGGACGACGAGAUCAUCCUCUCCAAUACCAAGGACUCGAGCCACAAGCCAGCGCCAGCCGUGUCCAACCCGCUCCUUGACACCUCGGGCGACUCGGCCGAUGAGCUCCUACUGUCGGGUGGCAAGCCUAAGGCUACGGCGAGCUCCACUCCCACCAAUGACCCACUCCUUGACACGUCUGGCGACUCGGACGAUGCACUCCUGCUGUCGGUGUCCAAGCCCAAGCUGGACGCCGCCGCCACCGCCGCUGCGCCCUCCAACCCCACUUCGACCACCCCCGCGCCUGCUACUCCGGCCAAGGACCCGCUCCUCGACACGUCUGGCGACUCGGACGACGCGCUUCUGCUCUCGGCGUCCAAGUCCAAGUCAGAGGCGGCGCCGGCCGCCACUCCGGCUAAGGACCCGCUCCUCGACACCUCGGGUGAGUCGGACGACGCGCUCCUGCUCUCGGCGUCCAAGUCCAAGUCGGAGGCGGCGCCGGCCGCCACUCCGGCUAAGGACCCGCUCCUCGACACCUCGGGUGAGUCGGACGACGCGCUCCUGCUCUCGGCGUCCAAGUCCAAGUCAGAGGCGGCGCCGGCCGUCACUCCAGUCAAGGACCCGCUCCUCGACACCUCGGGUGAGUCGGACGAUGCGCUCCUGCUCUCGGCGUCCAAGUCCAAGUCAGAGGCGGCGCCAGCCGCCACUCCAGCCAAGGACCCGCUCCUCGACACGUCUGGCGACUCGGACGACGCGCUCCUGCUCUCGGCGUCCAAGCCCAAGUCGGAGGCGGCGCCAGCCGCCACUCCAGUCAAGGACCCGCUCCUCGACACCUCGGGUGAGUCGGACGACGCGCUCCUGCUAUCGGCCACCAAGACAGACACCACCGCCGCACCACCAGACACCAUCGCUGCUCCGGAACCUGCUCUCGAGGCAUCAUCUGAGUCAGCAAUGGACGCGUCGCUGCUUGUGGGCUCGAGCGAAGGCGACUCGCUCCUUGACGCACUCGAGGCAGAAGCCGCCGCCGACGCAGCCAAAGAGAACGAGCUCGGGCCUACCGGCAAGUACAACACGGGUAUGUCCGACUUUGCCGACGACUCUUCGGAAGGCUUUGCGCCGCCGCCGCCAUCGCAGCUCGCCGCCGAGCUCUCCGACGACUCUGACACACUCCAAGUCCGCCGCGUCCUUGUCGACGAUGCCGACAAGGAGCCAGUCAACGUCAACGACUACUUUACCGAGUCUGAUGACGGGCUCGGCGACCCACUGGUUCAAAAGUACGCCGCCGAGCGUGCUGCGGCGACCCACGCUGCCGUUGCGGCGCCGGUGCAAGCACCAGCGCCGGCACCGGCCGCGGGCGCCGAUAGCCUCGGUAUCCUUGACGACGGACACGGCAUUCUUGAUGACGACAAUGGCAUCAUGCUCGACGGCGAGUCGGAGCUCGGCCUCAUGGACGACGACGAGCUCGGCCUUGAUCUCGACGACGGCGAGCUCGACGAGCUCGGCCUCCUUGACUCGGUGGCGUCGGAUGACGAGGGCUACAACUCGGUUGUCUCGCGUGAGCCGCUCCCGCUCACCAACGAAGACUUUACCAUGAACGAGUCGGAGCUGUUCCGAGUCGCCGGCGACGCGGGCCGGCCGCGGCAGCCACGCGCUGCGGCGCUCUCGGCCCGUCGCGAGCGCCACGACUCGGUCAUGACCGAGGACCUCAUCGACCAGCUCCUCCACGACGAAGGCGACGACACGGCGGCACUCGACGCCAUUCUCGCGGAUUCGGGCAUGUCCGACAACGAGCGUCACCUGAAGGACAUUCUCGCUGACAUGUCCGACAACGAGCGGCUGGCGCUCGAGUCGUCGGGUGACGGCUCGCAGUCGACACUCUCGCUCCCUACCAUGUCCGACAACUCGAUCGCUGACCGCCGUCACUCGCGCCGCCACCACCACCGUGGCAGUGAGCGGCAGCAACGGCGGUCGGAGGCUUUCCGCGCCACAGCCGCUGCCGAGGCGCGGGGUACACCCGGCGGGCGCGAGGCCCAGGCCGCUGCGCCGCCGGUCAAGAAGCGCAUUGUCAAGCGCUCGCUCCUGGUCAUGCUCCGCAAGUUCUUUGCUGAGAAGGUGCGCGCGCCAGACGGGUCGGCGCUCACUCUGGAGAGCCUUGCGGCACUGACCGCCACCGCAGCCGACGAGCUGGGCCACCUGCGACUCAAGGACGUGCUGUUCUCGGACCAGCCUGCGCUGGAGCAGGAGACCAAGGAUGACCCGACCGUGGUGGCUGCGGUCAAGCGGGCAGGCCGUGAGCGUGCGCCCAUGUUCUCACUCGCCCGCAAGCAGCUCACCUCGCUCCCGUUCCUUGUCACCCGCCUCAAGUACGUCCGCAAGCUCUUUCUCACCGAUAACGCGCUCAAGACACUGCCGCCGCAGUUUGGCUCGCGCUUCCCGCACCUCCGCGUCCUCCGCCUCGAGAACAACAAGAUCGAGGCCCUCCCACCGGCCUUCUUCUCCAUGACUGCGCUGGAAGAGCUCUCGCUCGCCAACAACGCGCUUCCGCGCCUCGGCGACGGCUUUGCCAAGCUCGACAACCUGGUCUUCCUCGACGUCUCCGGCAACCGCCUCCCGGUCUUCCCGCCGGCGCUGACCCAGCUGCCCAAGCUCCGCACCCUCGAUCUCUCGUCGAACCGCAUCUCGGCGCUCCCCGCCUCUAUUGCCCUGCUCUGGCAGCUGCAGGGUCUCUACCUCAUCGGCAACCGCCUCUCCUCGCUGCCCGAGGAGAUUGGCGAGCUCAUCUGCCUGACUACCCUUGCCUUGGAGGGCAACCGGCUUGCCGAGCUCACCCCGGCGCUUCUCGACAUGACUGCCCUCCUCCGGCUCACGGUCGAUCACAACCCGCUCGACCGCACCUCGCCACUCUACUCGGAGCUCAUGCACCUCCUCGCCGAGCGCCAGUUCCAGCAGCUGCAGGACGACGAUGACAAGCUGUACAUGGGUGCGGCAUUGUAUUGA